AUGCGCAGGCGCUGCAGGAAACGGCUGCCAGAACUGUACGCGGAGCACAGCAGCUCUUUGGCAACCUCACCGGUUGGGUCAGGGAGGCGCAAACGGCGGUCGCUGAUUCUUUUGCUGGGCUUGCAGAGGAGGGUGUAG